AUGCCGUCGAUGAUGAUAGGGGACAAGUAUGCUCCACUGGAUAGCCUAAAGGGCAGGGGUACCGUACCAACGGAGGACUACUGGUGGGGACUCAGUUCGCUCAACCCGCCUUCAUGGAAUACUGUUGAUGAGUUACAGUUUUACAGCGACAGGAUGCUCACCAAGGCGCAGGUGGAGGAACAUGGCACAAAGGACUCUUGCUGGGUCAUCAUCUCAGGAAAUGUGUACGAUCUGACCGACUUUCUGGAUCAUCACCCCGGCGGCUCAGCCAUUAUCCUUCGAUACGCAGGCCAGGAUGCCACGUCGGCGUAUGAGCCCUUACACCCUCCUGGGACUCUCGAAAGAUAUUUGAGCAAGGAGAACUGUAAAGGUCCAGUGCUUAUCGACCAAGGCAAUGUCAAAGUGGCGAAGAGGAAAUUCAAAGAAGGGGACCCGAUCCCAUUGAUGCUAUGCAUGAAUCUUGACGACUUUGAAAAGGCAGCUCGUGUAUCGAUCCCGGAGCGAGCCUUUGUCUACUUCCACUCGGCGGCGGAAGAUAAAGUGACGUUCUACAGGAAUCAACAGGACUGGUCAAGAAUCUCCCUUCGUCCACGGACGCUUAUUGAUGUGGCCAAGAUAGACCCAAGUCGGCGUAUCAUGGGGUUCCAGAGUUCCCUGCCGUUUUUCAUCGCACCAGCUGCAAUGGCGCGUCUAGCUCAUCCUGACGGAGAGCUUUGCCUUGUCCGCGCCGCAAUCAAAUACGGAAUCCCAUACUGCGUGAGCACCUAUUCGUCUGUUCCGCACGAAGAGCUCGCAAGCCAUGUACAGCCAGACACACCUACAGUGCUGUUCUUCCAGCUUUAUGUCGCAAAGGAGAGAUCACGGACCGAGGCGCUGAUUCGGAACGCGAAGAGACUCGGGUUUAAAGGGCUGCUCGUUACGGUCGACACUGCCGUAGGAGGGAAAAGGGAAGAGGAUGAGCUGUUCCAAGCACAAAUAGCAUACGAGGCCGGCGACGACGACGUUCCUCGUCCAUUCUACGCAAGCCCGGGAGAAGAUGCACCUGUUCUACGCGGCGCUCACUCGUCGACGCUCAACUGGCGCGAUCUCGAAUGGAUCCGUCAAGAGUGGGGUGAUGCCGGCCCGAUUUACCUCAAGGGCAUCCAAUGUGCCGAAGACGCAGAAGCGGCGCUGCGUGCAAACGUGCACGGUAUCUAUCUCAGCAACCACGGAGGACGGCAACUCGACUCUGGGUCUAGCGCCCUCCGGACGUUGUUGGAGAUCAGGACAUUCUGCCCGCACGUCCUGGAAAGGCUGGAGGUUUAUCUUGACGGUGGCGUUCGUCGGGGGAGCGAUGUGAUCAAGGCUCUGUGUCUGGGUGCCACUGCCGUCGGACUGGGUAGGCCAUUCAUGUACGCUCUUGGGGCAUAUGGUACGGAUGGUGUCGUGAAAGCCAUCCAAAGUAAGUCACAGUCUCAAGCCUACCUGGUUGAAUUUUCAGCUAACAGUUUAUCCUCCCUAGUCUUGAGUGACGAGAUAGAGAGCACCAUGAGGUUGAUGGGCGUCACUGCCUUGGACCAGCUCACUCCGGACCAUGUCAAUGCAAGACAACUCGAGAAUGAAUUGCCUCGCCGACUACUCGGCUUUGAGGCCAAAAGCAGAUUAUGA